AUGUUGAGCACGUGUUUUCACGCGCCUUCCAUUUUUUCGUCAAACGCUUGUACGAGGUUGAAUCGUAACCGCUAUCGCUCUUCAAUGGCGGCGUCUUCUGUUCGGAUUAUCGUCGUCGGCGAUGUGCAUGAUUGCUGGAACUUUGAACAAGAUUCCAAGGCACUUCAAUUCCUCCAGCCAGAUUUGGUGCUCUUUACAGGUGAUUUUGGUGAAGAAAAUCUUGAAGUUGUUCAAAGUGUUGCAAAUGUUGAAUUUGCUAAAGCAGUUAUAUUAGGAAACCAUGACGCCUGGUUUACUAAGAAGUUUUCUGAAAGUGAGAAGGAUAAAGUUCAGCUUCAGCUUGAAUGCCUUGGCAAGGAGCAUGUGGCUUAUCAACGUUUAGAUUUACCUCUAAUAAGAGUAAGUGUUGUUGGUGGACGGCCAUUUUCUUGUGGGGGUACCUCGUUAUUUCGAAAAAAGCUGCUGUCUGCAAGAUAUGGAGUUAAAGACAUGGAUGAGAGUGCCAAGAGAAUCCAGAAAGCUGCUCUUGGUACACCAGAGAAUCAUUUUCUAAUACUACUUGCGCAUAAUGGACCCACAGGCCUUGGUUCUGGUUUGAAUGAUAUAUGUGGCAAAGAUUGGGAAUUUAAGGGUGAUGGUGGUGAUCACGGUGACCCAGAUCUAGCAUGUGCAAUAUCCUUGCUAAAAGAGAACAAUGAGGUAUCUAUUCCGUUAGUUGUGUUCGGUCACAUGCACAAAGAGCUUGCACAUGGCAAUGGUUUUAGGAAAAUGAUUGUUGUUGGGGCUGACAACACCAUAUAUUUGAACGGGGCCAUUGUUCCACGGGCCAAAAGUUUGGACAACAGCAACAAGAGAAGCUUAGUCAAUGAAAGUCCUGAGGUUAAAGGCACAGCAAGAGCCUUUACUUUAGUUGAGCUUUCAGAAGGAAGAGUUACCAAGGUUGCAGAAAGUUGGGUAGCAGUUGUCGAAGAUAGGACCACAUUAAUAGAAGAAUAUGUAUUAUUUGAGCGCAAUUAA